GAAAGCUUCAGGUUUCUUCUCUUAUUUUGAAGGUCCGGGCCGGAAGCGGCAUGGCCUAAUUCCRCAGUCUUGACCAUAUUUGGAGCAUCCUGACGUCUUCUGUCGGAGCACAAAGUGAGAUCUUCCUCCUCCUCCUCUUCCUCUCCUCGUUUCUUCUUCAGGGURUAUUUUGUUUUUAUUUUUGUUUAUUUGUUGUUUUUGUUUGAUCUGAGGAAUGCUGACAGCCUCCUCCUCCUCCUCCUCUUCAUCAGGACCACCAGAGGGCCGAGCAGGACCCGGAUCCGAACACCGAGCAGGUCUCUGAGCCUCCUCCCGAUGAAACAGGACCCACAUGUUGGACCUCAGUGCCUUAACUGAUGUUGGACUGGUCCCCAGAAGACAUAGGACACCAGACCCCCUGUUGAAACCAGCCUCUACGUCCAACUGAGAUGUUGGACAGUUCGGUCCCUGAAACCUGGAGCAGCAGGACAAGGAGGACAUCUCAGCAGGAUGUGAGUUCACCUGCGAGGUCCACAGAACUGUACUGGUCCAUGUUCUGGAAAAUCUCUGCUGUCCUUUGUCCUGAAGACAUGUCUGACACUCUCUGAAGACCAAAAAACCAAGACUUCCUGACAGCAGAGACGAUUGUCAGUUGGACUGAUUGUCUUUAGAGAUCCAAAACCCCAACACGUUUACGACUGGAUCGCUUAGAGGACAGAGACAGGUGUCCAUCAAACCUGGACUCUGUGGUGUCCAUCAAACCUGGACUCUGUGGUGUCCAUCAGACUGGACUCUGUGGUGUCCAUCAGACUGGACUCUGUGGUGUCCAUCAGACCUGGACUUUGAGGUGUCCAUCGGAGCUGGACUCAGCCCAAGCAGGUCCUGAUUUGAAGGAAGUUCUUUCAGAUGUUUGGGAUUAAAUCUGAUCUGGACUCCAGGAUGAACCGGGUCCAGUCCAACCUGAGCUCAGAGACGACAGAGAAAGCUCGAGUAGAACUGAACGAGAACCCAGACACUCUUCAUCAGGACGUCCAACAGGUCCGGGACAUGAUCGUGACCCGACCUGACAUCGGUUUUCUGCGAACAGAUGACGAGUUCAUCGUUCGCUUCCUGCGAGCCCGCAAGUUUGACCACGUGGAGACGUUCCGCCUGCUGGCCCAGUACUUCCAGUUCAGACAGCAGAACCUGGACAUGUUCCAGAGUUUCAAGGUGGACGACCCGGGCAUCAAACGGGCCCUGAUGGACGGGUUCCCAGGAGUUCUGGAGAGUCCGGACCAACACGGACGCAAAAUCCUCAUUUUGUUUGCUUCGAACUGGGACCAGAGCAGGAACUCCUUCGUAGACAUCCUGCGGGCCAUCCUGCUGUCUCUGGAGGUUCUGAUCGAAAAGCCCGAGCUGCAGAUCAACGGUUUCACCCUCAUCAUCGACUGGAGCAACUUCUCCUUCAAACAGGCCUCCAAACUGACCCCCAACAUCCUGAAGCUGGCCAUCGAGGGGCUGCAGGACAGUUUUCCGGCUCGAUUCGGAGGGAUCCACUUCGUCAACCAGCCGUGGUACAUCCACGCCAUGUACACCAUCAUCAAACCUUUCCUCAAAGACAAGACCAGGAAACGGAUCUUUCUCCACGGGAACAACCUGAACUCGCUCCACCAGCUCAUCCAGCCCGAGUGUUUGCCGUCAGAGUUCGGGGGGACGCUGCCUCCGUACGAUAUGGGCAUCUGGGCCCGGACUCUGCUGGGACCGGACUACAACGACGAGACGGAGUACACGCUGACGUACGACGCCCUGCACGUCCGCGAGAGCUGUGGAGGAGGAGGAGGAGACAAGGACAUGAUGAAGAGGUCUCAGUCGACGGUGGAAACAGGAACUCUGCGACAGAUGGACAGAGAGACCAGUACACCGCUGCUGGCCCUGGACUGAACACACACAGUACACACAGAGUACACAGUACACCCACAAUACACACAGUGUACCCACAGUGCACGCAAUACACCCACAGUACACAUAAUACACACAGUACACACAGUACAC